AUGGGUGAUAGCGAUGAGGUGGCUAACUCGAAAAGUGUCGGUUUGAAUCCAGGAUGGGAUCCAGCCACAAAAAGUGAAUCAAACCAGCAAAACGGACUCGACAGAUACAGCUGUACAUUCCCGGCUCUGAUAGAUGACUGGAGAAAAAAGUUUUCAGAAGCUACAAACGGCCAAACAUCCAAUAUGUUUCCCUUUGGAUUUGUCCAGUUAGCACCGUUCCGAAACUGGAAUGCCAAUUCUGGAUGGGCCAUUGUGAGGUGGCACCAGACCGCUGACUAUGGCUAUGUCCCUAACGACAGGAUGAAAAACACCUUCAUGGCGGUGGCCAUGGACCUGCCUGAUUACAAUUCACCACAUGGAAGCAUCCAUCCCAGAAAUAAGCACGACAUCGCACAGAGACUGUACAUCGAGGCCAUGAUUGUGGCUUACAAGAGGACGGACAUGCUAAACCAACGAGGACCAUUCCCUACUGGGUUCACAGAAGUGGUGAAUCAGAAGACUGUACAGAUUUCAUAUGCUAACACAAAGACAUCCAUCGAGAAGAGAAAUAAUAAUGGCUUUGAGGUGUGUUGUGUCCCGAGGAGGGAUAUCACAGAUACCCGCAAGUUCUGUCCAAUGACCUACCCUUCUAACCUGUGGAAGGCUGUUCCAAUCACGGCUUCAGACUCAACGUCUGUAACAAUCAACUACCACAAUGCUUGCACCUCAAGCAACCCCUACCUUGGCGGUAUCCGUUAUGAGUGGCGGGAAUCCCCCUGUGAUAUGAAGAAGUGUGCUGUGUACAACAAACUGAGCGGAAGUCCUGCUCCACCCUUCAUACACUUUGUCACCCUUUAG